AUCUGACCCUGUAAUUGACACCCCCAGGCCCUUUCUCCCUCAGUUGCCUCCCUCUUUCCGGUUUCUGGCGCCCCUCCCCUCCCCGUCUCGGCCUCCAGAGAACUCCUAGCUCAGGAUUGGCAUAAGGAACAUGGAACCUACUUCUUGUGAUACAUUUGUGGCUUUGCCUCCUACAACAAUUGGCAAUAGGAUUAUUUUUGGAAAAAAUUCAGAUAGAGUCUUUGAUGAAGUACAAGAGAUAGUUUAUUUUCCUGCUGCAUUUCAUGGCUCUGGAAAAAAACUUGAGUGCACCUAUAUAGAAAUUGAACAGGUGAUAGAAACAUAUGCUGUCAUCCUGAGUCGGCCAUCUUGGUUAUGGGGUGCAGAAAUGGGAGCCAAUGAACAUGGAGUUUGCAUUGGUAAUGAAGCUGUAUGGGGAAGAGAAGAAUUAAGCGAUGAAGAGGCAUUACUUGGCAUGGACCUUGUCAGGCUUGGACUUGAAAGAGCUGAUACAGCUGAAAAAGCAGUUACUACUAUUGUCAAUUUACUAGAAAAAUAUGGACAGGGUGGAAAUUGUUCGGAGAGUAUGAUAUUUAGCUAUCACAAUAGUUUUCUAAUAGCUGAUAGGCAUGAAGCCUGGAUUCUCGAAACUGCAGGACAAUAUUGGGCAGCAGAAAAAAUAGAAGAGGGAGUUCGUAAUAUUUCCAAUCAACUCUGUAUAACCACCAAAAUUGACCGAGAACAUCCCAAAAUGAGAGAAUAUGCUAAGAAAAAAGGUUGGUGGGAUGGUCAAAAGGAAUUUGACUUCACUGCUGUGUAUUCCCAUCCUCAAAAUUCCUGUAUUACUACAUUAACAGGCAGAUACUGUGAGGGUUCCAAGCUUCUGAACAAAUAUAAAGGAAGCAUGACUUCUGAAAAAAUGAUGGAAAUUCUUCGGGAUAAAGAAAGUGGCAUUAAUAUGGAGGGAGAAUUUCAGACUACUAGCAGCAUGGUUUCUAUUUUGCCUACAGAUCCUACCCUUCCAUGCAUUCAUUUCUUUACAGGAACCCCUGAUCCUGAAAGAUCUGUUUUUAAACCAUUCAUUUUUGUACCAAAUAUAACUGAGUUACUAGAUACUAGCUCACCAACAUUUGGACAAGAAGAUCCAGUUAAAAAGAAGCCACGUUUUCAGAAUAAGCCUGACAGAAGACAUCCUCUUUACCGAAAACAUGAAGAGGCAGUACAAAUGAUAAUUUCCAAUAAGGAAAGAGGCAGAAAAAUGCUGGAAGAGAUGAAAAUACUGGAGAAAGAAAUGCUCAAGGAGAUGGAAUCAGUCCUUCAGAAUAAAAGUUUUGAUGUAAACAGAGCUGCUAGCCUUUUUUCUCAAUAUGUGAACAAUGAAAUGAAAAUUUAUGAGUCAAAUAUUAGCUCUUUCUGAACAUACCGUGUUCAAAGAUAUUCUUUAAAAUCAGUCUUAAGCUUAUUAAAUCUAGCAAAUCUGAGUUCAGUAGAUUUUUAUCAUUUUAGUAAUGUUCAGGUAAGUGAAAUUUCAUCUUGACUAUUAUAAUAAAACUAUCAAGCCAUUAUUUUUUGGGGAUACUGAAAAAAAGUAGUUUAUAUGAAUUUCAACUAAUAUACUUAUUCAUAGAACAUAUAAAUAUUACUUGGAAUUAGUAAACUUGAAUAUUAUGUUACUGUCAAAGUAAUUAUGAAUUUCAAGCUGAAUUUCUAAUGCUUUGUGUAAGCACAAAAUGUGUACAUUGCAGUAUAGAUUCAUUAUAUAAUUAUGCAGUAUUGUUAAAUGUUUCUAAUUAUAGUAAGAAAAUACACUCUUUAAUGAUGCAGACUUUUAAAAAAGUGAGUCAUCUGAGACUUAAAUAGAAAUUACCAGAUAUAUAUAUAUAUAUAUUGAAACUACUCUCUGUCUCUCUAUAUCUGUCUCUGUCUCUCACUCUCAAUCUCUCUCUCUCUCUUCUCCCCUUUCCCCUCCCCCACCCCAGGCUGGAAGUGUAGUUGCCACUAGUGGUUUGGAUCCCACUGCAACUUUGCAUAGAAGCUUUCAAUUUGAUCCCUUUCUGAUUUAGGCCAAAUUUGACCCUGUCUUUGGCAGCUUGUUCUCUCUCUACUUCCCUCCUCAGGGACCCCCAUGCUAGUGCCAGAAUGUAGAUACCUGAUUAGUUUUAAACCUCCAAUAGCUCAAAGCUUUUGGGUUCAAGUAACACACUGGCUUCAGCCUCCCCAUCCAUAGGGUUUGUAGGCAUGUGCUAUCAUGCCCCAUAACAAGAAACUUUUCAAGAUUUACACAUUACUCUUUAAUUUAUUGUAUUCUGUUAAGGCACUUUAUAUAGCACAAAUGUGCUGUUUGCAGAAUUGACUGACUAAUGCAUUCUACACAUUGAUUUCCAGUAUUUUUUGGGAAAAAGAUAUUUCAGCCUUAUUAAAUUAAUUUCAACUGAAUAUUUGCAUUCUCAGUUAUCUGUACUUCCAAAUCCUACCCUUGAUCUAACUGCCUCUGAAUUUUUUAUUUUCUUCAGAGCAUAUUAUUUAUUCUUUAUAUUCUUCAGAGUGUAAAGAUGGAGAACACUUUGCCUUAGCUGUUUUUGUUUCUUUGUUUCAUGAACUUUCAUUCUUAUGUUCAUUCUACCAGUGGAAGAAAAGAUUAGGAAAAAACAGAAAAUUAAGUGUUUAGACAUUUAUGAUAAGCAGGUAGUGUUUAAAUCUCAGUUUGGGAAGGUGUCAGCUUGCAUUGGUACAAUGCAAUUUUCUGGAUCAGUGAAACUACAGUUUUGAUCCCUCUUUCUAUCUUUCUAUCUCUGAAGAUUUAGAGGACAUUGCACUCUAAUGCACAUUGAUUCUUGACAAACUAAAAGAAGGUCUCAAGAAUAUUGAGUAGGAUCCUUCUGGGGUCUUAUGGACAAGUCAUAUGGAAUAAGAAAGUUUGAAAUUGGGAGGGGAUUCUUUUCUGAAUUGGUGGAGGGAAUCCCCACACUGAAGAAAUAAUCCACAGAAGAAAGAAAGAAUGUAAUAUAUUCAGAGUACCAGGUUUGGCCUAUGUAGCUCAAGUUUUAAUUAAAAAAAAAUACUCUGUAUAAUUGUGUGGUUCCCCUAAAUGUAGAUUGAUAAAUAAAAAAUUUUAAAUCAGUCAUCCUUGUAUUAAGCUGAUGCUCCCUUUAUUGUAUGCACAUAGUACUUAUCAUUUGUGUUUGGAAAAGCCCUCUGACACCCAUUAUUUUAUAGAUGAGGAAAGGGGCUUAAAUUAGUAGUGACUUGGUUUAAAUUAAGUUAGUGGCAGUUAGGAUUUGAAUCUUAGGUGUCAACUUUUAGGUUCCAUUUUAUUUUCAUUAUAUCAUAUAAUUUAUUAUCAUAAUGUUUUGUGUAAUUUCUCAGUGUAAUCUACCAAUCCAGAUAAGGUGUACUACUUCCCCUUGUGCAUUUAUGUUAUUCAUUUUUAGGUUGGUUUUAACAAAAUAUUAAAUUUGACUUGUGAAAAUAAUAAAGAGGGCACCAAAACCUUUAUAAGAUUGAAGAUGCUGCAGAUUGGAAUUUGUAGGGUGAACAACUGCAAUAUGCCUGCUUAUGUAAUGACUGACUUGGAGCUUCACUUUAGAGCCAGGAGGGUUUGGAGGGGAUCACUAUAGUUACAGUUGCCAAUGCAGGAAGCAAGUCAUCUGAACUUAAAGCCUGACUUUUCCAUUUUACUUCUUGUGGACUUUGGACAAAUCACUUUACCUGGCUAGUGUUCAGAUUUCUUAUCUGAGGUAUACCUAUUAUACAAAAAUAUUUAUGGCAGUUCUGUAGUAGCUAAGAAUUGGAAACUGACGAAUGCCCAUCAAAUGGAGAAUGGCUAAAUAGUUGUAAUAUAACACGAACUGAUGGAGAUUGAAGUGAGAACUGAAAUAACGUACACAGUAAUAGUAAUUAUUAUAUUAUGAUCAAUGGUGAAUGAUUUAGCUAUUCUCAGCAAUAUGAUCCAAAACAAUCCCUAAAGACUCAUGAUGAAGAAUGCUUUCUACCUUCAAAGAAAAAAGGUAAUGGCAUCUGAAUAGACUGAAAACUUGCUUUCUUUUCUUUUCCUUUCUUUUUUCCCCCCUCAAAAUGACUUAUGGAACCAUGUUUUACAUGAUUGCCCAUGUAUAGCCUAUAUAAAAUUGCUUACCAUCUCAUGGAGGAGGAAUGAGAGAGAGAGAGGGAUAGAAUUUGGAACUCAAAAUUUAAAGACAAUGUUAAAAAUUAUUUUUACAUGUAAUUUCUGGGAAAAAUAAAAUAUUAAAAAAAACAACAGUAUUUUGAGGUAUCUCUAGGCUUCACAGAUUAUACAAAAGAGUCCAUGAUUCAAAAGAAAGUUAAGAACUCCUGAACUACAUAAUUUCUUAAGCUUUCUUUUUUAAGUCCUAGAAUCCUAGUUCAUACCCCAUUUUACAUUUGAAAAGAAGAGGAAACGGAGAUAAAAUAACAUAAUAUUUGUUGUCAAAAAUUAUCUUUGUCUGGAGGGGCCUUUUUCUAUGUAAACAUUUAAUUUUUGUAUUUUACUGUUUAGUCAUUAAAUUCAUGUUCAACUCUU